GAAAUCAAAGCUAUGAAGCAGUGUGUCAAGGAGAUGGAGGUAGAGGCAGCUAAGCUGCGUGAGAUGCAAGCUCAGGCAGAGAAGGAGAUGAACAUGAUCGAAGAAGACAAGGAGGCCGUGGACGCUAGAUCGAUCUACGCUGGCAAUGUGGAUUGGGGUUCGACUCCGGAAGAGCUUCAGGCACACUUUCAGUCAUGCGGAACGAUCAAUCGCACCACGAUCUUGUGCGAUAAAUGGACGGGUCAGCCCAAGGGCUACGCAUACGUCGAAUUUGCGGAUGCACCCUCGGUCGCUAAUGCCAUGGUCAUGAACGAAUCCCUUUUCCGUGCCCGCUUAAUCAACCUUUUUUCGUGCUCACUUGCUUUUUCUUGA